UAAUGUGUAAUUUUAGCAGGCUUGUAUUUAGCGACAGGCUGUAACAAUCUGUGAUAUCAGCUCGUAAGAUCGGGAGUGUAUCUGUAAAAUGUCGCCUUAUUGAUCUGAAAAGGGUUUCUCUCGUGUGAUUCCACAACUCGGUUAAAUGCGAGGAAUUUUUGAGCCUCUGAGAAUAAUUCAAAGUCAAGAAAUCAGUUGAAGAGGUUCACUUUGGAAGAAAACCCGUCCGGAAUUUAGAUAUUCUUAUGAUUUCAUAAUGGCGACAGUCGGAGCACAGGAUAUGCAGGGCAAUCAGAAGAUUGGUGAUGUACCUCCCGGGUACACAAAGCGGGCUUACGCCACAAGGAAGACGGUCGCAGAAGGGCUCCUUGACUUCGCCCUUCUCAUGGCUAACGCAACGCAGCUGAAAGCAUUAUUGGAUCUACCUGAAGGAGACGCCCGUAACAGCUUCUUCUACACUACGCUGUCCUUGUUGGGGGUGUCCAUCGCGCUGCAGAUCAUCACUGGCAUCCUGAUCUUCGUGCUGGGAACGAUGGAGGUGAAGACUGAAGAGGAACAGAAGAAGGCCAACUCUUUGAACAAUGCCUCAGUGGCCUUGAUUAUGUUCAUUACCGUGGUCAAUGUGUUUAUUACGGCGUUUGGUAUCAAAUACACAACGCCAGUUUAAGUGACAAAUCAGGAACAGCAAGGUAGCAUGAGUUUUAAUUUAAGUUUAUAUGUUUCAAUAUGGUAUUCGAAGGAUCGGUAUCAGUAGUGCAGAUGCGAAUGUCACAUCCAAAGGAAAGGCAAAAAUUACAAACAUUGUUAUUUUCAUAAAAACAACAUUUAUUGAUCAUCUUUAGCUUCGGAUGAGUGUAAAGACCUAUUAAAGCAAAUCAUUUUGAGUAUUUACAAUAACUGUAUAUGCUAACGUGUGUGUAAAUAAUAUGCUAACAAGUGUAUAUAUAAUAGUCCUUGUUUUAAGCAGUUUAAAAGUGUGCAUGUUCCGCUGAAAAUUUUAAAAAUUGGUGAAAUAGUUGAAAUGUAUAAACAGCACACUCAAUGACCCCCUUUCCCAGUGGCUGGUCCCAGUGGCUGGUCUCGGUGAUUGGCAGAUCAGAACUCGAUACUACUCAAGACUAUAUACGUGGUAUGCUGGGCUUAGCAGAGUAAUAUAUUCGUUUCCAUGGGAAUUUGGACAUAUUUGUUAGACUUGUCAUAAUAAUAUUUUCUUUAAGAGCAUUUUGAAAAUACUUAUUCUAUUACAGAAUGUACAGAAACGUUCACAGAUAGGUAGUACAUUUCAUCUUCCUUUACCAAUUGACAGUUCUUUUGAAAUUGCUAAUUUUAACAGUUUCACGUACUUGAUAACAUACACAGUUACACUUCAUCCUAAUAUGUUUACAGAAUUCUGCUUGUUUUUGUAACUGCGUGGCCAGACCUAUCCGGGUCACGACAGGCAUAAAAAGUGUAAUGUGUUUAUAGGGGAAUAUUACAGGUAACAUGAGUGAGUGAGUGAGUGAGUGAAAGUAUAGUGUUACGCCGCUUUUAGCAAUAACCCAGCAAUAGAAAUGGGCUUCACACAUUGUACCCAUGUGGGAAAUCGAACCCGGGUCUUCGGCAUGACGCGCGGACCCUUAACCAUUAGGCUACCCCUCUGCGCCUCAGGUAAUAUGAAGUAAGUAUAGUAUAUGGUCAUACAACCUUGCAUCCAUAUAACCGUAUUCCUUUCACUGUACACCAUGCUCGUGAGUUUCUUCAAAGUGGUAAACUUGUGUGAAUUGCAUCUAACCUGCAAUCUAACUCACUCACUCACUCACUGUUCAGUGUAUGGACGUCCUUGCUUUGAGUUUCUCCAACCUCAACCAGCAAGAGUCACAAAAAUUAUUUUUUACUAUUUGUGUUGUUUCUGUAAAACAUCCGUGAAAUUGGAAAAAAACCUUGGUAAUAAUCCUUAAUUUCUUUUGUACCACAUCAUUGUCCAAAGCGGCGAGGUUUAUUGAGAUAAAUAAACAGUUUAUAAUUUCUCGUCGGAAUGAAAUUCAGGACGGACCGGAGAUGGGGAAACACAGAACAAAAUACCGACAGCCU